GGUUGCUCUCAUCAAAGGACCUCUCAGACUCUACAAGUUAAUGAGGGAUGUAGCAGAGACCCUGAAGCCCUCAGACCCCGACAGCUACACAAAAACAGACGGACAUACAAGCAGAAGGACAGACGGACCUCCGUAUAAGAAGAAAAAACUUGAGGACAACAUACUCAUUUAGUUGGAAAUGACGUGGCGUGAGGAGCUACGUAGUCGGCAGUUCUGGCGUGCCAUACUUGCAGAGCUGCUCGGCACCCUGGUGUUAGUGAGUGCCGUGCUGGGUGCCUCUGUGCCUGGCCCAGGAGAGGCACCCGGGGGACCCAUGUAUCCAGCAGUGGCAGUGGGUGUGGUGAUCGUGGCACUUGCACACUGUUUUGGAGAAAUAAGUGGAGCACAGGUCAACCCUGCAGUCACUCUGUCUAUGUUGGCCACUCGGAGGCUGGAUGUUCUCAGGGCCCUCGUUUAUAUCACUGCACAGUGUUUGGGGGCCUCUUUAGGAGCCGGGGCCCUCUACCUGGCCCUGCCGCUCAAAACCACCGCAGACCACUUUGUCAACAGGGUUCCUAUAGAGUUGAAUGCAGCACAGGCUCUGGGCAUAGAGGUUUUGUGCACCUUCCAGAUGGUCUUCACGGUGUUCUCAGUGGAGGAUCAACGACGGAGGGAAAGCCCAGAACCUGGAAACCUGGCCAUUGGGUUAGCACACACUGCCGGAGUGCUAAUAGGGGGGCGGUUCUCUGGUGCGAGUAUGAACCCUGCACGUUCUCUGGGUCCGGCCAUCAUCACUGGCUUCUGGGAAAACCACUGGGUUUAUUGGAUCGGACCAGUGCUCGGUGCUAUACUGGCUGGAGUGUCCCACGAGUUCUUCUUUGCACGCAGUGCGUCUCGCCAGAAGCUGGUGGCGUGUCUGACCUGUAAGGAUAUUGAGAUUGUGGAAACGACCAGCAUGACCGGAUCGUCACUGUCCACAGUCACACAAAACGCCAUGAGAGCCAAGCAGGCCAACAAACAAGAAAACAACUGAGGACACAUGCAUGAAAAAAUACACACAGAAAUACAUCUUGUAAUAUUUCAGUGAUUUCUAUGGAGAUGUGUAGUGUGCAGUUCAUCAGUCGUGUUAAUCGGUCUUGACUGUGAGGGAAACCACAAAAAAAAAUGGAGUAGCUGUGCAUUAAGAUUAACUUC